ACAAGCGACGACCGAUAUACUGACACUGACUGACUACUACCAUGAAUGCCCCAUGGGGAUAAUGUGCGAGCAGCGGUCGUCGGCGGUGUGCGGUGAGCGAGCGUGCUCUUUUCUAUAAUGCUUGAUAGCGGCUUCGCCUUCGGACUCAGUUCGCCAGAACCCGCUGCCGUGAACGGAUGAUAGAAGCAAGAAAGCUGAAGCGCAAGGCCGCAGUGUCCAUACCAGGAGAAGAGAUCCUCGUACCACGCUUCCUACCCAGCUAGAGGCGAAUAAUAAUCCUCACCACGCAAUCGCUUAGAAUCCUGUGUGGUGGAAUGAGGAGGACUUGGCUGUUCGAGAGCUUUAUGAACGUAAUGUUAAAUGCUGUGUUGUAAAUAUCGUUGAGAUUUUAGGUGAGAUUUCUGUUUUGGAAGCGAGAAGUCGAAGAAAGAAGGUCUUCAGUGUUAGAGCGUUGUGCUCCUCGCAGAUAUAUUGCAUCAUUAUCGGUGUUCGACUGGUUGUUCUGCUGUGAUUGGGCGCGAGAAAUCGUGAAAGUGAAAACUUGUUGCUAAGGGAAAUUUGUUGCACACUUGAAGUGAAAAAGCGCGAAGAUAGAAGCAAUAAUCAAUCGUUGUGGUACGUCUGUCGGUGUAGUCAGUCGGCGGAGUUGGUAGACCGUAGACUUCACGCCGUAUUUCUUUAUCACUUUGUAUCCAGCGGAGGCCUGCUGUGGUGCACGUUGGGGCCCAGCUGGUGUUGUUGUUGUUCAGAGAACAACGAAGAGUGUGUGUGAUAGUGAAGCGCAGUAGAGGCAACAGUAGCCACUUUAGUCGCGGCUGUUGUCGCCUUCGUCGUUGUCCGUCGUCAAGUUGUUUUAUAUUAAAAAAUAUUAUAAAGUGUGUCUCCUCGCUUCGGAUCCCAUCAUCGCGUGGUGCCGGUUUGACUAAGACAGCUCGUGGAGAGAAGAAGGCCACAAACAACACAACGAGAAGCGGCUUACCCGGCUUUAAAGUUCCUCUCCUAUAUACUGAAGUGAUUUCGAGUUUAAGUCGGAGAGUACCCCCAGAGUACAAAACACGACGCCGGCACGCGGAGACUAGAUUGUUGGUGUCCCGCGCGAUUUGGGCCGGUUGGUGACAAACACGGGAGAGAGAGACUAUUGGACACCGGCUCGGCUACAUAUAGUGGAGCUUUAGAUGCGAGAAGGGGGAAGACGGAGGCGCAUUAUCGGCAACUCACGCGGUGCGGUGUACCGGUCACCUUUCGAAUUUUUCCCUCUGGUUGUUUUGCAACGCGGCGGGGUUCCGAGUGUGAGUGAUUAAGCCCCGAGCCGAGAGUGCUGCUCGGAUACGUUUAGUGCAAGAGCUCUAGCAGCAACUUGACGAAAACAACAAUUGCACCCGCCUUCAGCGUGUGCAGCCAGCAGCCCGUCUUUGUCUCGACGCCGAACGGAGAGGUGACCUACGGGUCUGCAAGCCGUUUUGAGUGAUUUAAGUGGCGUCUCGAAGUGAGAGGGAUAAGAAGUGCGACCAAUUGUGUGCAAAACAAAAAACAACGGAAUUAUUCGCUGUUUUGGGGCACUUGGGCUCUCUGGUCUAAGGUAGUUGUCGGUUGUUGUGGGGUUGUGAUUGAGGAGAAGUGUGUGAUCUGAGGGUGUAGCGAGGGUCCACUGAUGAUCGUGGAUCGCAAGCUGGUGGAUAAGAAGCGUUACUUUUUGCUCUGAUUGGGGCUACGACAGGACUUCGGUGGAUUUUGCGGAAUCAAGUGCGAUCGGAUCGGAAGGAGUCGCAGAUCCGGGUAUCUCCAUGUACUCAAUGGUGGAUUGCUACAACGAUAUGGGUCAACUGGGACCAGAGUACGGGUCAAAAAACUCACUGAUGGACAACGCCGAACUGGACCAUGUCACAAAGGUGAUAGCGUAUCAUCCGCGCUACUUGGAGCACUUUCUCAGCACGCAGAACUUUGUGAUGCACAGCGAUGGACCGCUACCGUUCGAGUACCGAUGCUACAUUGCCAUUAUGGCUGCCGCCAGACACAAGUGCACCUACCUGGUCAAUAUGUACGAGAAGGAAUUUCUCAACCAGGGCGGUGAACGAAGCUGGCUGAAUGGGCUGGACUGCAUUCCCGCCAAACUACGUGCCAUAUGCGACAUCAACAAAAUUCUGGCUCACCGUCCGUGGCUUCUGAACAAGGAGCACAUAGAGCGUUUGACCAAGGGCCAGAACAGUUGGUCACUAUCCGAAGUGGUGCACGCGAUCGUCCUGCUGGCCCACUUCCAUUCCUUAUCGUCUUUCGUAUUCUCCUGCGGGCUCACCCAGGAACUGGACGUAUCUAGUCAACGGAUCGAAAACAACAAUGCUGUACCCCAAAAGACUGAAACCGAGCAUCGUCAUCUUUAUAAUCACCACCACCACCACCUUAUCCAUCAGAAUGGACAGGAAGGUAAUUUAUAUUCUCUGGCCGGUCCCGUAGCCCCCGUAGGUGGAAAUAUUGUUCAACGUAGAACCGUCUUUCUUGUAGCAAUCAAACCACCGCAAUCCGAGGUGACCGUCGACGCGCUGAUGCAGCGCAUGAAGAAACUGUCGGAGAACAACACCGAGUGCACCGAGACGGAACUGAGCAACCGGUUCAAGAACGUGGAACUGCAGGCGGCCGAACUGCCGGCCGUGGUCCCGAGGGAUCCCUCGCUGGAGCUGCCGCAGCAGAUCGGGCGCUACGUGGACGACCCGAACUUCACAUAUCAGGAUUUUGCGAAGCGCGGUGCGGAAAACAUUCCGCAGACCUUCCGGAUACAGGACUACUCGUGGGAUGACCAUGGCUUUUCGCUGAUCAAUCGGCUCUACAACGACGUGGGCUUCUACCUGGACGACAAGUUCCGGCUGGCGUACAACCUCACGUACUACACGAUUGCCGGCCGGACCAACGUGGACACGUCCAAGUUCCGUCGGGCCAUCUGGAACUACAUCCAGUGCAUGUACGGCAUCAGGUACGACGACUACGACUACGGCGAGGUUAACCAACUGCUGGACCGGGCCCUCAAGAUGUUCAUCAAGACGGCCUGCUGCUUCCCGGAGCGGAUCACCAAGACGGACUACGACAGCGUGCUGGUCGAGUUGCAGCACAGCGAGAAGGUUCACGUCAAUCUGAUGAUCAUGGAGGCACGCAACCAGGCAGAGCUGCUCUACGCACUACGUGAAAUUAUGCGUUACAUGACAUGAUUUUGAGAAGAGAGAAGGAAACGGACGUGGCCGGGUGGAUCACCCGGCCGAGAUGAGAUUGUGCUAGGAGCCCCUCUCCCCUCCUUUUUUGUAAUGUUUAGAGUUUAUAAGUGAUUCAAUACGGUAUGUAAUUCUUUUUUAAAGCUGUUGUCAGGUAACAGAGUUGAUAAAGGAACGGAGAAUUUAUACAAAAACAACAAAAACGCAAACAAAUCUAAUCGUAGGUCAUAGGUUCUAACAAAAAUGGUAGGUUCCCAUUCUUGCGGAGGAAACCGUACCGAUAAGUGAAGCUAAAAGCUAUAUACAUGCGAUGGAAGUGAAAGAUUUUUCAUCUAGUGAUAUAUUUGUAGGAUAUCAAGCAAAGAAACAGGCGGCGGAGAAAUCACAGAACAAAAAAUGAACUAGCGAUCAGGGCAUUGAAGUAAUUUUAACACACGUCCCGCAUAGGACGAGAUGAUGUAAUUAGUAGUUUUUGUUUUAAUUUGUAGCUAGGAACAACAAAUGAUACAAUACAUAAGUGGAAACACACAGUGAGAAACAAUCGUCGCACAAAUCGACUUUUCCCCACCCCACGAACAACAAUUGGAAAAGGUACCGAACUACAGAAGUGUGGUGAACGGCUUGUUCGAUGGUAUUCCACGUUUCACGAAUUGAUCUCAGCUCAAGUACGAAAUUUAAAUUGUCGUCGUUGGUGGCGCACUGCACAGCGAUACCCUCUUUAGUGAUGUUCUUUUCUUUAAAUAAUAAUUCUUAACUGUCGAGUGGACGUUCUUUGAGUGCCAUCGGAUAAUGCCGGAUUUAGAAGCUACAUUUUGGGAGUUUGAUGUGUGAGUCGUUGAGAGCUGGAGUACCGACAUGACGUUGCUUCAAAAAUGUUUUUGGUUCGGGAACAAAGUUUUCAAUAGAGUUGAUAGGGAACUAUUUAAGGAAUGUUUUUGUCAAGACUACCCAUUUUCAUGUAAAUUAGUAACGAAAACGUUGUCAGAACCAUCAUAAAACCCUUGGAAACAUUUGUUUUGAAACCUCACCAAAGCUUAUUGAACUUCGAUAAAAGCAAACUGCUGGAAAGAUUUUCACCUCCACCAAGUACUAAAGCUCUAUUGCUUAUAAAAUACAGGAAAGCAUUGGAGGACAACAAUAAAACAUAGACAAACAGACGCGGUCAACUCUCCGAUAUUCAAAUAAAAAAUAAUCAGGUCGCAGCUAAUUCUGUAUUGACGUUCCAGUUAGUUUGUAAUGAGUUCCUCAAGGACUUCUAGUACGAGUUCCUCUGCACAUUACACUGAAGUUUUUUGCAUGAUUUUUCCCAACCUAUUCUCCAGGAGUUCUUGAAGUUUCUCUAACAAUUUUAUCAGGUGCUUCUCAAGGAUUUCUCAGCAACAAUUUAUCCUAAAGCUUAAAUGAAAUUCCAUCACAAAUUUCUCCAGGUAUUUGAAUGGGUAACUUUUCAUUCAGGGAUAUGUCAAAGGAUCCUCUUCUUUAUUCCGUAAUAACGAGCUCCUCCAGAAUUUCCAGGAGCUCUCCGUGAGACUUUUUCUGAAUUUAUUUAUGUUUUCAACAGGUUUCUUCGUGAAUGUAUUCAAAAACUCCUACAUUAAUUUAUCCAAGGACUUAAAUGGGAUUGGUGAUAUUCCCAGUGAUUUGAAUACUUAUGUACAGGGAUCUCUGUAAGGAUUUUUCAGGAAGUACCUCAUGAAGUUUUUUGAAAAAUCUCAAGAAGUUCCUCAUAGCAGUUUUCAGUAUUGGAGUUUCUAUUAAAGUUUCUCCAUAAGCUUCUUCAGAAAGUCGAAAAGUUCUUUCAAAACCUUUUGCUGAAAUUCCUUCAAGAGUUUCUCCAACAGCUUCUCGAAGAGUUUUGCUUGGCAUUUCUGGUGGAGCUCCUACAAGAGUUCUUUCGGAUGUUUGAAAUCUGCUAAGGCAAGGCCAAAUGUUCCCAACAAUUUGUUGUGUGUAUUUUUAGAAAUUUGACUUUCUUAACACUUUCAGAUUUUUUUCCAGGAUUUAUUCAAAAAGUUUAUUAGAAAUUCGUUAAGGUAUUCCUCUAAAAGUUUCUUCCUUUUCUCCACAAAUACCACAACAGGUUUCUACAGAAAUUCUACCAUAUUUUUCUUUUAAAAAAAUGGCUUUAGGUUUUAAAGAACUGCAGCAGAAUUUCAGGACUUCAGGAAUUUCUACACAAUAUGCGCCUGAGAAUUCGCCGUUGUAAGAAUUCUUCUAGGAGUUCUUUCAACAAUUGCUUCAGCAGUUUGAGUAACAAUUGCUUCAGGAGUUUCUCUAGAAAUUAUUUCAGAAAUUUCUUCGGGAUUUUUUUGUAAAAUAUCAUCCGAGAGUUUCUCCAGAAAGUCCUAAAGUUCUUCCAGAAGUUCUCCGAGCGGUUCUCGAAGUGUUAUUUCAUGAGUUUCUCCUGAAGCUUCUCAAAGAGUUUCUCUGGGAUGCUCCAAAUCCUCUUGGGCUAGUCAAAAGCUUCCCUACAAUUUGUUGUAGAAAUUUGAAAAAGAUUACUUUAUUUUCUCAGGGAUUUCCUUCAAAAGUCAUUCUUGAAAUUUUCUCUGUAAGUUUAUUAGGAAUUCGUCAAGAUUCUCAUCCCUUCCUCCACCUUCAAUUUUCUUGAAAACUCUUCCAUAUGUUGAACUAAGAGUGACUUUAGGAACCGUUACAGGAGUUCUUUAAAACAUACUUCAAGAAUUACUUAAGGAAUUCUUUGAGAAUUUCAUUCUACAAUUUUUCCAGAAUAUCCAGUGAGAAUUCUUCAAUGGAGGAAUUCCUUUAGGAGUUCUUCCAAGAAUUAUUCUUGCAGCUUGUGUAACAGUUUCUUUGGGUGUUUUUUUUUCUAAAAAAAAUGCAGGAAUUUCUCCAAAAGUUUUUGUAAAAGAUCAUCCAAGAGUUUCUCCAUUAGUUCUCCCAGAAGCUUUCCCACGAGUUUAUUGAAGAGCUUCUCGAAGUGUUCCUUCAUGAGUUUCUCCCGAAGCUGUCAAAAAAUUGCUCUGGAGAUUUCUGGUGGGGUUCCUUCAGGAAUUCUUCUGGAUGCUCCAAACCCUCUCAGGCUAGUCAAAAGGUUCCCUACAAUUUGCAAAAGGAAUUUUUAAUUUUUACUUUACUUUUUUAGGAUUUUUUUCACCAGAGGGUCUUUUAGAAAUUAUUCUAGGGUUUUCUCUGUAAAUCUAUUAGGAAUUCGUAAGGGUUCAAUUUUCCUUAAAAAUCCUUCUUGUGUUAAACUAAGAGAAACUUUAUUAACCGUUUCAGGAGUUCUUGAAAAAUACCUCCAGAAUUACUUAAGGAAUUCUUCGAGGAUUUCCUCCUAUAAGUUUUCCAGAAUUUCCUGUGAGAAUUCUUCGAUGGAGGAAUUCCUGUAGGAGUUCUUCUAAUAAUUAUUCCAGCUUUUUGUGUAACAGUUCCUUUAGGAGUUUUUCUAAAAAAAAUACAGGAAUUUCUCCUGGAGUUUUUGUAAAAAUUCACCCAAGAAUUUCUCCAGGAAAGUACUAAAGUUCAUCCAGAAGCUUUUCAAGGAAUUCUUUCAGGAGUUUCUUAAAGAACUUCUCGAAGUGUUCCUUCAUGAGUUUCCCCUACAGGUUCUCUUAGGAAUUAUCUAGUGGAGUUCCUUCAGACUAGUAAAAAAGAUUCCUACAGUUUGUUGUAGGAGUUUUAAAAUGUUUACAUUACUUUCUUAGGGAUUUUCACCAGAGGUUCCUUCAGAUAUUAUUCUAUGAUUUUCUCUGUAAGUUCAUAGGAAUUCGUCAAGUUAUUCAUCGAAAAUAGUUUUUCUCAUCCUCCACGUAUAAUAUCAGUCUUUAAUUUGAUUAAAAAAUGUAUGCAUGUGUUAAACUAAGAGUUGGUUUAGAAACGUUUUCAAGAGUUCUUAAAAAAACUUCAAGAAUUAUUUCGGAAAUUCUUUGGAGGUUUUAUUAUAAAAUUGUUCUAGAUUUCCCUGUGAGAAUUCUUCGCAAAUAGAAUUUCUUUAAAAAUUUUGGCUAUAGCACUUUAUGUAGAAAUUUCUUCGAGAGUUCCCCUAGAAAUUUUUCCUAGUUAUCGUUGUAAAAUAUUUGUGAGAUUUUUUUAAAGUUUUUUAGAAAAUUCAUCCAGGAGAACAAUAACUUGGCAGAUAUCCCAUGAAGAAUUUACUGGAUCACCUAUAGGCUCUCCAGAAAGAAAUUCCGUAAAAACUCCAUAAUAAACUCUUAUGUCGUUUUCGUUUUUGCGGCGGUGCUACACCACUUCGUGCUACACUUUUCACUGAAAAAACGAACAUUUUUGGUGCAGUUGCGUUGGUGUGCGUAAAUAAAAACCAAAAUAUUUACAGCUUUGCAAACGCUGAUUGGUGUACACGGUGCGCACCUGCUACACUCUCGAAUUUUUGAGUGCUGCACUAUCUCGAGCGGUGCAGAAAAAAUGCUACACCGGUGUAGCACGAAAAUCAAAAACGAACAUUUUCGGUGCAAAAGUGCUGCACCCAAGCUGCACCGGUGUAGCGCCACCGUAAAAACGAAAACGACAUUAAAGAAUUACCUAGAAAAAUUAUUGAAGGAAUUUAUUGGAAAAAAAUACUGAAAAAUACUAUGUACUAGUAAUUUUUCUGAACUAACUCAUAGAGUAAUUUCUAUAGUAUCUCUGAGAAACUCUUGGGACAAGUUCUGAAGGAUUUGCUCGGUGAAUUCCGGUUUGAAAACCUAGAGAAAUUAUCUAAAGACUUGUAGAGAAAUUUCAGAAAGAACUCCAGCCCUUGAAGGAAUUCAUGUAGGAUGAAGAAAUUGGAACACCUAGAGGAUUUUGUUUGAACUCGUAAAAAAUCUGAAGAAACUACAACGUAAACUUCUGAAAGAACUCUUAUUGUAGUUUCUGAAGUAUUUCUGAGCAACUCCGGGAAUUAUUCCUGAAAAAAAAUCACAUGAAAUUCAAGAAUGAACACCUAGAAAAUUAGGGACUUGUACAGAAAUUUAAGCACGGAACUUCUGAUGCAUAUGCAGUGGGAAUUUUUGAAGAAAUUACUGUAGCUGCUCUUAAAGGAACUCCUGAAGACAUUCAUGCUUUAAUAACUGGAUAAAUUUCUGAAGUCAGUUCUGGGAGAAGUUAUAGAAAAAAAAAUCCUGAAAUAAUCUCUGUAGGAACUUUAGUAAAAUUUAUGAAAAAUUCUAGAGUUACUUUUGGGGGAAUUUCUGAAGCAACUCCUACUUCAGGAAUUCAUGAAUAUACUCCCAAAAUAAUGCCUGAAGUCCUAGUGCAAUUCCUGAAGAAACUCUUGGAUGAAUCUCAGGGGGAUUCAAGCAGAACAUCUUGAAACUUGAAAAAAAGAAAGAAACUCUCAACUGAAUUGGUAGAUAAACUUGGUCGAAAUUUGCAGAUUUUUCUCAGGCGUUUUUUUGUGAAACACUUUUCGUUGGGAAGCUAUUCUUGUGAAAAGUCCCCCUAAAUAUAUAUGGAUAGGGCAAUUAUUGGAACCUUCAGAAGAAAAUCGUAAACAAACACUUAGAGAAUUUUUAAGGAAAUCGUAGAAAAAAUCUGAAGAAACUACUAGAAAAUCCCAAGGAACUCCUAGAGUAGUUUCUAAAAGUAUCUCCAGGAACUCCUGGAACAAUUUCUGAAAAAAAAACUUGUUGGGGAAUUCCAGAAUAAACACCUUGAGAAUUCCUACAGGGACUUCUACAGAAAUUUCAGAACGAAGCUCCGUUAUGAUUGGAUAUGCACUAUGCAGGGGGAUUUUUUUUAAAGGAAUUACUGCAGCUGCUCUUAAAGGGACUCAUGAAAAAAUGUGAAAAAAUGCAUGCAUUAAUAACUGGAGAAAUUUCUGAAGUUAAUUCUGGGAGAAACUAUAGGAAAUUGAAACCAUCUAGAGUAACUGUUGGGGAAUUUCUGAAGCAACUCCUAUCAAAGGAACUCCUUCAGGCCACGAGAACCCUCUAACUACUUUAUGAACAAACAUUGAGUUCUUUAGAAAUAAUCACAGAAAAAUCUAGGGAAAUUCUCGGCAGAAUUUUUGGCUAAAACUUCACAAAAUACCAAACGGUGAAUUGCUUUGUUUUUUUUUUAAAUCUUUCGAACUUUUUAAAAUUAUCAUUAAAACAGCAGUUUUGCGUAAUCAAACGAUGAUUAUUACUUGCCCAACGUUUUGACAUUGGGUUAGUGUCUUCUUCGGGGGAGAUUUUGUGUUUAAUAAUUAGUUGAAAAGAUACAGUCGAGCCUCCACUAGUUUUUUUUAAUAUUUUUGCCGAAUUUCUAAAUAAAUUCCUAAUUCCUGUUCUAAGAAAUUUUCUUAUGCAAAAAAAUCUUAAGAAAUUCAUUAGAUUUUUAUUUUUUUUUACGAUAUUUUCAACCCGCAAAAAGAUUUCAUAAGAUAUCUCAUGAAACAAUUUCAUAAGAAUUUCUCAUGGAAAAUCUUUUUCCUAUGUCGAAAUUUCAUAAGACAAACUUAACUUACGACCGUCAUAAGUGAGUUUUCUCUGUGAAUAUAUCUUUUAAGAGGAGGGCAAACAUUUAUUCAGCAUAUUUCGGCUGAAUUCUUAAAAGAUUUUUUGGUGAUUUUUGGGUGAUGUCGAAGAAAAAAAAUUUGUAGACAUGUUUCAAAAUGGACAUGAAUAUUUUGUUUUGUUGUUGUAUUCCAUAGCAGUAUCUCUAAACUGUUUGUAAAAGAGUUUUUGACGAAGCUGUGUGAGGAACUCGUAGUAUGAAGCGAUAACAACUAGAAUACCAGCCUUGUCCGAAGAUUCCGUAGUGAAAUUCUAUGGAAUUCUGAAUAUUAUCUUCUCAAAAUCUCCUCGGAUUUCGCUCAAAACCAUCUCCAAGAGUCUUAAGAAACUUCAAUAGUUUGUUUCAAGUUUAAUCCCAAAAUCUUCUUCGUAUUUGAUUAGAUGAAGGAAGCUUUCAAACUGGGUUAGGUCCAUCAGUUCUCAUAAUUCAAUUGAAAUUCGCCUAAAAGUUUUCUGUAAGUUCUUCAACUUAUAUUUCCAGUUAUUCACUUUGACCUUAAUUAAAUCAACAAGUUGAUAGGAAUUUCUCGGGUCUGGCAGUCUGAUAUUUACAGGACAAACAAAUGUAGAGCUUCACACCACUUAACAAAAAAGCUAACUCCUGUAAGUAGCACUAUGGGAAAAAUGUUCAAAAAUAGGGUUGUAAAUUAGGAAAUUGUUUUCGAAAAUAUUGUAGAUUCCCUGAAGAAGGUUAAAUAAAUAUAACCAAAACGUCGGAUGUAAGAGCUUGCUACCUACUCAGACUGCCAGAGCCGAGAAAUUCCUAUCAACUGUAGAAUCUACAGUCGUAAAAUCACACGUAAAAUCAACAAGUCAUCGAAGAAACAUAUUUUUUUUUCAGUUUCAUUGAUUCGAUUAUUUAUUUAAAAACAAAACUAUCAUCAGUCUUCUUGGCAAUUAAAGAUUUUUCAACUUUUCUAGAUUAUGUAAACUUCUGAAAACUACUCUAUAAACUUUUCUGAGAAAAUCUUAAGAACAUAUAAACAAAAAUCUACGAAAUAGGUAGUAAAUGCUGUAGAAAGAAAUCUAAAGUCCAAUCAGAUUUUAAGAGGUUCUGGAAGCACUAUAAAGCCCAGCCGCUGAUGGUUUUUCUUUUUUUUCAUUAACACAUUUUGAACAUUUCCUACAAUCUAUUUGACACACGAAUGUUACUUGGGAAAAGUCCUGACAUUAUUUUUUUGAAAAUUCAUAAUGUUAUGUUAAACAUUAUUGCAACAAUAUAAAGUAUUGAGAUUGAUGAGUUUAAGAAUCUCCCAGAUGAAAUUCCAAGAGUUCCUUCGGUUGUUCAUUCCUACUGAGAUUCCUGUAAACGAUUCUACUGUGAAACUUUUAGGAAAUAGCAUGGUGGUAGUUUACUUCUGGGAGUUCUUUUGAGGUGGGCUCCUACUAAAAUUUCUUCACGAUAAUUCAUGAGAUUAUAUCGCAUUAAGGUGAAGAUAUGACGAAGCCAUAGCUUGAAUUUUCAAGAGCACAAAUCUGAAUAACCAAAUGACGGUUUAUGCUGAAAAGUUGAUCGAUUCAUCACCACUAGCGGGUAACCAACCAAUCAACUUUUCAGCGAAACCAUCAUUUGGUUCGUCAGAUUUGUGCUCUUGAAAAUUUGGAGUAUGGCUUUAACAUAUCUUCACCUUAAAGAGUAUUUUCUGAAAUUCUUCUACGAGUUUCUAUUUGGAUUCCUUUACGGAGGAAUCUUUGGGAAUUCCACUAGAAGUUCUUUUAAGAUUGAUCAAUCGGUACCUUUUGCGACUCCUCAAAGUAAACUUGUACCAAUCUACUUAGUUAUCUCAUGUCAGGGAGUUCCUUUUGAGAUUCCUUCCAAUAUUUCUUCUCGAAUUCCUCCAGUAGAUUUUACGAGAACUCCUUCAGGAUAUCUACCGAACAGUCCUUUAUGAGUUUCUUCUCAGACUUUUCCAGGAAAUCCUUUGUGCCAAUUUGAUUCUUGUAAGAAGUUCUUAUAAUAUUCUGUUAGAUAGUUUUAUAGGCUUCUGCUAGAAGUUUUUGUUGGAAUAUCUAAAAAAAAGUUUCCCUCGAGUUCCUUUUGGAAUUACCUCAUCAGUUCCAGAUUAAACCGAUGCCUCCUUUUCAAUUUCUACUGAAGUUUCUAUGGAGAUUCGUUCAAGAACUUCACCAACAGUUAGAAUUCCUUAAGGGAUUCAUUCUGUAACGGAGAUUCCUUCAAGAACUUCACCAACAGUUAGAGUUCCUUAAGGAAUUCAUUCUGGGUUUUUACCCAGAGAUCGAAAUAUCUCCUGAAUACCUACCGAGAUGUGUUCAAGAGUUUCUCUAAUGGUUCUUUCUGAGAUUCCUUAGGGAGCUUCCUUCUGCAAUUCUUGCAACUUUGAGAUUCCUGCAUGAAUUCCUUCUGGAAGUCAUCCAUGAGCUUCUUCAGGAGGUUUCUCGCCUGAAUCACUUCGAUGAGUUUAAACCCCAUGCGGAUAUCUGACCCUCAACGACUCAACAACAAAACAAGAAAAUCUUCAUAAAUACCACACACAUUUUUUUUUCCGACGUGCAAACAGAUCAAAACGAUUGAUAUUAGAUCGAUCCUGUCGAACCUAGUCCAUGAUUUUUAUAAUUCAAGAUGUAAAGAGAAAAGUUAGGAAGGCCAACAACGUGAAGCAUGUAUUAAAAAAAAAUCAAAUUUCGAAACAAAACAUAUUGUGUUCAAUGCAAAACAAAGAAAACCAAUGGUUAAAUAUAACGUUCGAAUCUAAAUUGUUGUUAUUUUUUCGAAGAAGUUUAGAGAGGACUAAAAUUUAAAAAAAAGUUAUGUCACACCAAGAAAAUGGUGUUUCCUGUUCGGGGAACGUUUCCGUUAGUUUCGAUGACACCACACCACAAAAAUAAAAACAUCAAAUCGACUACCUGCGAUCCCCCAAAUCUUACACGGUCUAAGGAACAAUCUAUUAAGGAUAGUGAGCAGACGACGAUCGACGAGAAAACACACACACCUAUUAUACAAAAUAUGUGAUUCGUUUGUGAUGGAAUUUGUGCCAAAAAAAUCUCUUUAUAAUAACAUACAAACAAAGCAUACAUAUAUGUGUAGAACCACAAGUGGAUCCAUAAUCGUUGAUGGAGAGGUCUUUGGCUUCUCGCGGAAGCCUUAAGUGUUAGAAUUGUAGAACGUCAAGCCAAGACUAGAAAGAAACAGUACGUAGAUCGGAACUGAUGAGAACUAUACUAACAGCUUACACCUACAAACACAAACAUACAAUUUACUGUUGAUCAUUGAUUGUUUUAUAAAGAUUUAUACAUAUAAAACACAAUAACAAAUAGAACCCGAGUUACUGUUAUUUUGCGCGGGGACGAACGGGAAGAGAAACUCUGUUCCGGAGCCUGGCAAUACUGCAAUAAUGGAAGCGCACUCGUGAGCAAAUCAGCAGAUGAGUUCGUCAUUUAGGCAUUAUUACCUUUGCAUAUGUUAUUUUCGUUCCGAGACGAAAGAAGGAUUUUGUUAAUGCUGUGGGAAAGUUUAUCGGAGAGAUAAGAGUAAAAAUGAUAAGCAAAUGGCGCGAACGGUACGAAGCAAAGGGGCGUACUAGACGCGCACGUGUCGCUGCAUAACGAUUCAUGUUGUCAUCAUCAUAAGAAUAAAUGUGAAGAUCUUCAAAACGGUA